AGGGAUUGCACGUGUAAUUCGUCCACGCAAGUCUUUUUAGUCUUUUACAUUCAUUCCCGAUAUCCAUAAACUGCAAAAUUCCAGCUGACCAUUAAAUUAUAUAUAGUAUAGGUAUUCACAUGCAACACAGGGAAAUGGUCUACUCUGUUGUCUCCCCUGACUGAAGACAGCUGAUCGACAUGGGCGAAGUGUGUCGCAGUGUGUGUAAUGUAGUGGUGGCGUGUUUGAAAAGAAUUAUUUGAUAUGGAUCCUUGUGAAAAAUAGAAUGCUUCGUCUGUAAACAUUUAGUGAUACAAAAUGGAACUGCUGGAGCUAGCAAGGCAGUUGAAGCAGGAGCAGCUAUUUGUAAAUGCAGAGAAGACUCAGAUCCACACUUUGUACGAAGAGGCCAAGAAAGUGGCAGAGGAUCUUUAUCACGAGUCUUGGAUUGUCCGACAACAACGGACAUGUUUGGAGCAACUACAGGCUUCAUCCAAUAGCAUGACACCCAAGGAAUGCUACACUCAAACAAACAAUCUAGAAUUUACAAAUUUUGUAGACAGUUACAAAAGUUUAAGCUAUCAUGAAUCAAAAUAUGGAGAGUUUUUGAAGUUCUUGAAAGAUAAUCACUUCCUCAUAGCUUCUCUCAUUGACUGCACCGAAAAAAAUUCACAAGAAAGUUUGAAAAAGUUCAUUUCUUUGCUAGUGACCUCAGUUUUUGGGAAUGUUGUCUUUCCAGAAGAUGAGGUCUCUGUGAUUCAAACUGUAAAAUAUCUUGCGGAGCUUCAGUUAGCUACAAGUGACAAUCCGAGAGUCUUGUUAAGGAAAGUAAAUUGUGGAUUCAGUGUUUCAGUUAAACUGUUAUUUGAUUCUUUAUAUUCCUCCAAACUCUUUUUAACGGCAGCAUUACAUGACCCAGUUAUGAGAUUAUUAAUGGAAGAUGAGUGGUUUUAUGAUAUAGAUCCAGAGAAAGCCCUGCACCGCUUCCCCCCACAAGAGCGAAUAAAACGCUUUGGAGACCCUGUCUCUGCAGAUUAUGAGAAGAAAUGCAUUGAAUACAGGAAAUUCAUAGUCGACAAAUUAGUAGUAUUAACAAAUAGGUUUAUUAUAUCAAUUAAAAACAAUAUGCAUUGCUUUCCUUCAAACCUAGCCUGGCUAAUAGCACAAGUAUAUCAAGCCCUGAUCAAAACUGGGAGGCAUGGUGAAGAGAGAGCUCGAGCAGUGUGUGGUGAUCUGGUAUUUUCUCUUUUCAUCUGUCCAGCAAUCAUUGACCCGGAUCCAUAUGGAAUCACUUCUGAUAUUUACAUCAGUCACAUUGCUCGUCACAAUCUGAUGCAGAUUGCCCAGAUCAUUCAGGUCCUUGCCUUGUCACAGUGGGAGGCAGAGUCCAAGGAAAAAGAUCUCUAUGAGAGGUUUGAAAAGGGUUGUAUCACCUCCUUACUUGAUUUUUUACUGGAAGGAAUUGGGUCAGAGGUCGUGACCCCUCCAAGCAUCAGUGUAAGCAGGUCCUCGGUUCUCAUUACACUGCAAGAUCUUAAUUUUCUGAUAUCUCUGACACGGACUUUAUCACCUAACCUUGGUGACAGUGUGGCAGAGAAGAAACAGCUAGAAGAACUCCUGUCUCGAAUUCCUACCCUGCUCAACUGCCCAACCCCCUCCACCCCACAACCUAGCCAGGCCAACAGCACACCCCCAGGGACUCCCAAAGAAAGAAAGACACCCAAAGAUAAGAAGCGAGGUCUGCCAGAAGGAGUCAAUGCACCAGCACCACUGGAGGAUGCUGUCAAAGAAAUCCUGGUGGUACCACUAAAUAUGGACUCGGAGUGUCCGGGAAUGAUGUCGGAACAGAAGGUGCUGUCCAUGGAGCAAGAGAACAAACCCAGACGUGUCAAGUACCACGACGUCCCUCAUUACGAGGUUGCCGAGGGUGGGGGAAUGUUCACGUCUAAACGCACACGGUUUUCUCUGUCGCAAGACCAAGAAUCUAUUGACCUGUCCCUUACAGGAAACACCAGUGAAAUCCAGGAGGCAUUUUCUGAGGCUGCGUCCAGUCACUCUGUUGGCUCGGUGGAAGAAGAUGAUGACAACGACAAUAUGUCUGACAUGAUCUCAGCUAAUGUCAGUGGGCGUGGCACACCCAACAUCAGUGGCAGGGAUACGCCCCUCUCACAGGCAGGGAGUGUCGAGGAGCCCCCCCCUCCUCAGAUGCCUCUCCCAGAAAUUCCUCCUCUCCCACAGACUAUUCCUAAACCUAAUCGAGAAGAUGUCACUGACAGAUUUGGAAAGUUUGAAAUCAGAGCUGAAAUUGAAAGAGUGGAGACAAAGUCCACAGUAAGUGACACUUGGAGUACUGAUGUAUUGGCCAGUGACUCGGAACCUCCACCAGAAUCGAAUCAGUAUGACAGGCUGGAGGAACUCGUCCGUAGUAGUUUCCUUCCACGGCAAGAUCAUGUUUCUGAGGUAUCGGAGACUGCCAGCGAUGCCUGGAGUACAGACGUACUGGCUAGUGACACGGAGGACAAACAAGCUCUCUCUGAAUUUGACCAGGAUGACGUGGGCAGUGUUACAGACUUGGCUUCUAUAAUGUCUGGAGAUGCUGGGAACCUGGAGAAUGCUGAAGGUCGCCGUAGCCCGAGUGAGGAUCUACAAAUUGGACACGGACUAGAGGCAGCGGGUGGAGCAGAAGCUGUCCCUCCCCCACUCCCAGGCAAGGUCAAAGUCAACCGAAAACCAGGGAAACCAUUAAACCACAAUGAAGUGUUUUUUGAGGAGGACCCAUUUCACCUCAGUGACUCUAAUCGACUGUCUUUGCCUCCACCUAAGCCUGCCCCACGUUUACACUCAGCUCGGGCCAAGUCCAGCAAUCUCUUGGCUGUGCCAGAACACAGCUCUAGUCAGAAACCAGGUACACAUUCCUCCACACAAACAUUUAAACCUCUGCUCCAGCCUGAAAAAUUCCCUCCCUCAUCUCAACAACAGGAUAGGUUACCACCCUUCCUGACACCAGAGCCAACCCAGUCAGACAAAGCACCACAACCAAUGUCUUCAGCACCACCCUUAGACCUGGACAGACUCCCACACCCUGUGCCCAGGGACAGACUUUCACACCCUCUGGCCAGUGUACCUUCUCCUCACCCCGAACGAUUCUCUCUGGACUCUCAGCUUGACCAACAUACCAGUCUUCAGUCAGUAAAUGGACAGAUCUUACGCAGUUUUGCACAAUCAGACUUUCUUCCUCCUGAAAAAACACCAGAACAAUUAAAAGCACCAGUACCAAUCAGCCAGUCCUUACCCAAACCAAAUCACCAGGAUCAUGCAGCUUUUGUCCCGGUGUCUGAACCAGAUAAUACAGCUUUUCUGGCAUUUGAAAACCCAAUGUUUAAUGGUCCGAAACCUAAAGAGCGAGUAAGCUGUCCGGCUAUAAAUAACAGUAAAAAGGAGUUUGAAGAGAGGCAUCUAGGGACCAAGAAGUCCCGGUCAGCUGUUGUUUAUGGUGCUACAUACAGUUCCUCGGACUCAGGUUUUGGAGGGACUCCUCAGUCUAUAGACUCCCAGUCCCUGGACUCGUUAAUCGAGACCUCCACUAAUGUUAAAUUCUCAGAGCAGCAGAACACCACCUUCAACACAAAGCGUCUGUCUGCUGCAUUGGCUAUGUUUGACCCAGUUUCCACGGAUUCCUCAGAAAAUGCCCCAGACACCUUGAUUGACAUCAGGGAGGACAAAAUGGAGAAUGACCACUCAGCCGUUAAAAGUUGGGCAGACUCAGCUGCCAGUUUACAAGAAGCAUUCAAAGUGGAUACUUUGAUUAGUGUGGAGGAGUCUAAAACCACACCCCCUGUACGUUCCCGGCAGGACAGCCUCACCAGUGACUCUAGUGGGUCUGAUGGUGUUCCUUUCGCAAAGUCCUCCAGAUCAGCCAGCUUUGAUAAUGUGUCAGAAAAGUCGGAAGAAAAGGAAGCUACAGUCUCCAAGGACAAAGGUCAGAAAGAUGGGAACAAAAGUUUCUUCAGGAACUUGAAAGUAAAACUUAAUAAAGGUUCUCAUCACUAUGUGUCGUCCAUUAUCAGAACAAGCACCAGAUUUACCCAUCAACAUUUGGGCAUGAAGAAAAAAUCUCUCAAGUCCAGCGGGGAAGACAGUGGAGCUGACACACCUACAUCCUCACUCCAUGAGUCGCCAUUGGUGGACACUUCUGUAGAGGGAGCAGAGGGAGGUGAAACGGAAUCAAGAGAGACCUCAGAAGACAUUCUGGAGAAGUACCGACCCAAACCUUCCACAAUUUCCACAGCAACCCAAGAGAUGGCAGGUCUGGCAGGCAUUGAUGUUACCGCCUUGAAAGAGAAGAGGAUGUCUGUCAAAGACGAGGACAUUCAAGGCCCAGCCCUGUACGACCCGGAUAAUCUCGAAACCUGCUUUGCUUUCACCGACACAAAACGAAAACUGCGGAUUGUUCUUAGCAACACAGAUGUUCAGCUGGGGUAUAAUCUCCUGGAGUUCUCCCCUCAGGUAGGACAGGAUGGAGGGAAGAAAGACCCAGUGGAAAUCUACAAGAUGCUGCGAGGACAGCUGGCUGAAGCCAUUAACCUCCAGGACAAAGACCUUGUAGCACAGCUUCAUGAGGCCAUCAGAUGUGUCAGACUGUUCGAAGGAGAAGGCUGCAGGAAAUUAGUCAGAUCCUUACAAGAGGACUAUCAGAGUCGAGCUGUUUACAUUUCCUAUUUAGUUCGCUGUCGACAAGGCCUUCUAGGAACGCAUUCUCAUUUACAGAGGCUGCUCACCAGAAUCAAGAGGGACAAAGAGGUUUGUGGAAAUCACUUGACAAGAAUCUGUGUUAAGAUGUUCAUCGAAAAGAAAGAGAGCAGCGUUGUUAGGUUCAUGGCAGAUUUCCAGAAGCUCACAGUUUCUGAUGAAAAGACUGACCAUGUGGAACAGUUCUUGCAGUACCUGUAUCAAGCGAUGAAUCAGGACUCGGUGUGGCUAGCUGCCAAUGAAAGCCAGAUUGAGGACGCCCAGCUGGCCAUUGAGCGCUACAUAAUGAGUCGAAUUUACACCCAUGCAAUGUUUCCAAAUGGUGAUGGUGACAUUAUGAGGGACCAAUUGUUUCAUGAACAUUUAAAGAAACUGAGUCAAGUGAUCACACCCUCUCACAAAGACCUGAGGAUACCGCGGAUGUACCAGUUUGAGUGUCCCUGGACUGCAGCGCAGAAAGAAAUAUAUAUGAUCAAUGCCUACAAGACCCCCAAGGACAAAGUCAAGUGUGUCUUCCGCUGUGCCACCACCAUCAUGAACCUUCUGAGUAUGGCUAAUGAGAAGGCAGUCCCUGCUGCCGAUGAUUUCAUUCCUGUUCUCAUCUUCGUCAUCAUCAAAGCUAACCCUCCUUGCUUAUUGUCCACUAUACAGUACGUCCAGAGUUUCUAUGGCAACAGGAUCGGAGGAGAGGAACAGUAUUGGUGGAUUCAGUUUUGUUCAGCGGCGGAAUUCAUUAAAACCAUGGAAUACACGACUGAAUGAUAAAAACCAUGGAAUAUUACAAAUGAUUUUUUUGUGGAGGGGGGUGGGUUAUCAAAACCAUGGAAUACACAAACGAAUGAUGACUGAUUGUUUAAUGAAAACAAUACCUAUUUUAUUUACAUGAGUAACGGUUGUAGAUUUUGAUUUUAUCAAUCAUGUUCCUUUUGCACGUGGACACUUUUCUCCAUCUUGUGCAUUUUUUAAAUGAAAAGUUUUAUGGGAGUGCUUUAGUCUACUUUUAGUUUCUAUCUUUGUUCAACAGUAGACAUCAAAUUGUCUGAUGGUUGAAGAUAUGAAAAAUGGUUUUUAUUUUUAGUUUAUGCAUUUACGUCAUGUUGAAGGAGAUAUAAUUCAUCGUACAAUCAGUUGUACAGGGUGAUGCUAAAACUGAUGGAAACCAGGAGUCUUUCAGUCAGUGGAGGAUAGUUUUAUUAGAGACAUUUUAAACUUCUCAGCUCUGUUACUGUUGGGACUUGUGUUACAUUUAUGUUACUUUUGUUGUUGUUUAGUAAUGUCCUUGUUGAUGAUCAAGUUUUGCUGUAAUAUUUUGCUUUGAGUUGUUACACUUAUACUGUUUUGUUAUGUUUGCUGUUGUACAGAGAUAGCAAAGUCUACAGGCUGAGCAAUGUAGACUAGCUUUAUAAAGUAUACACAUCACAGUCUAAAAUUAACAUACUCAGGUUUCCCCAAGACAAAUCUACAAAAUUCUGAGUUUAUAGUGUCUUUGUACAUAUCACUGUUUGUAGCUAGGAACUGGAGGUUAACACAAGACUUCUGUUUUAUGCGUGCUAAAAAAAUAACUUUCAUUUUUUGUUACAGUAGCUUUAUUGAGAAAGGAUGCAGUUCACAUAGUAGGACCUCCCUGGGAAUUUAAAAAAUAAAAGAAAGUCGCUGAAUUUCACUUUUUCACACACGAGAUAUUACAUUUAUUACAGAUCUCUUAUAUGGAUUUAAUUUUCACAGUAGUCUGUACAUUAUGAUGUCAUAAAGUGUGUGAUUAUAACCAUUUUGCCAAAUUUUUCAUUUUUUGAAAAAUUCUUCGCAGAGCACUGAACCUGUGAACUAAUCUUCUUACAUGCUUAGUGAUCCAGGGCUAUGUUCAUAUUAAAAUCCUUUGUAAUAUAUGUAAACAGUAUGGCAUUUUUCCAUAUGAAUUACAAACUUUUCAAUUUUAAGAACACUGUUCUUAUAGUAGUACAGUUUACACUUAAAAUUAGAUGCAGUUGGGAAUUUGUUUAUAAACUGGAAAUUAGCAGGACCAUUUUAUACACAAAGUGAAGUCAGCUCUUUCUGUCUAGCAGUUUACUUCAUUAUUUAUUUAGUGAACUUUAUUGUAGAUUAUCGGGUGUGAUCCAGGUUUAAUGUGCAUGUAAAUAUCAUCCACCGUGCAAUAUCUUUACAAAUGUAAUGUGGCUGGAAUUGAGUUGCAUGCGGAAUACAUUCUGUUAUUUCUGGUAAAGCAAUGUUAACCAGUAUUUCCAAGUUCUGCUGCCAAAGCUGCAGUGCUAUGCAUCAUUAUUAACGAAUGGAGAAAGUUUAUGGUUUAUCUCUCAUUAUUUUAUGACAAUAUAUCAGGAGUACAAUGUAAUGAAAGAACAAUUCAUAUUAAAAUGAAAAUGAU